AAAUGGAGGUCGACGCAGUUGUCGAAAUGUUUCAGCGUUCUGAAAGUUUAUAUGAAGUGAAAUACGGCAGAUACAUAGGUGACGGUGACUCUAAGACAUUCAAAGGUAUUUUAAAUGCUGAGCCUUACGAGAAUUUCACAAUACAAAAGAAGGAAUGCAUCGAUCACGUUCAGAAAAGAAUGGGAACUCGACUAAGAAAUUUGAAAAAAGAAGUAAAAGAUCUUGGCAGGAAAGGAAAAUUGACAGGCAAGCUCAUUGAUGAGCUUUCAAUGUACUACGGCUUGGCCAUCCGCAGGAAUCAAAAUUCAAUAGAAAAGAUGAGAAAUGAAAUUUGGGCAACGUUGUACCACAAGCUGUCGACAAAUGAAAAGCCACAACACGGCAAGUGCCCGUCCGGUGAAAGUUCGUGGUGUUCUUGGCAAAAGGCAAAAGCCACCAAUACUUUAAAUACUUAUUCACACAAGCAAGCUCUUCCAUAA